CUUUUUGACGGAUUCUUACUUUGUAAAAUGUCACAUUUAAUCACAAAUAUCGUUUUGUCAGCGUUUCGUCAAAGUAGAAGGUGUUGCCAACCUGCACUUUGUAUCGCCCAGAACAAACAAUUAUUUUAUACGAGCAGUAAAUGCUCUUUGAAAGAAAUACAUGAAACACAAGCAGAAAAUACAAUUAUUGUGGAAGGUAUCAAAGUAAAAUCAGAGAAGGAAGACCGAGUACUUCAUGUCCACAAUGCAGAUGCCUGUCCUCUCUGCAGAUUGAAUCUGGAUCUAAAAUAUACAGAUGUUUUAUUACUCAGUCAGUUUCUGCGUGCGGAUGGCUGUGUAUUGCCACGAAGAGUGACAGGAAUUUGUGCUAAACAGCAGACCAAAGUACAAGCAUUGGUUCAGAAGGCACAAAGAGCCGGUCUUAUGCCAAACUACAAACCAGACUUAAAAGAUGGAAAAGAAAGAAAGACAUUGAAAUCACAGUACAAAUGGAAAAAAUACAAUGUGUACUUUGAAGAAGAUUGAUAUUACAUAACAUCAUAAUAUUAUUAUCAAGUGUUUUUGUGGUGACAUGCUGUGUGUGGAGCUGAUUGCACAGUGUUUUAGUAUUCUACAGCUCUAGAAUAAAUAUAUUCACAAACUGGAAAGAUUAAUAAACUUCUACUAAUCUAUAAUUAGGUAAUUGUUUUCCCAGUCUGAUUGAAAUCAGUUCUUAAUGUAUAUUCUGUUAAGAGAUGUAAUGAUACAGCAUUAUAUUGUGAUACAAGGUCCGCAAUAUGAUGCAUUGAUUUACAGUAGCUGUAUUGUGAUGAACACGAGAUAGAUAUGUACAUUCAAACCUGUAUAUAACGGCCACCCAAGGGACCUAACAAAAGUGGCUGUUAUAGAGAGGUGACCCUUAUAUACAAGUUCAAAAUUAGAACCCAUAUAUUAAAGAAUAUCACAACUGUCAUAAAAAAAGAUGUCGCAUUUUUAAACCAUUCCCACACUAGCUUGUUUAUGUCAUCAUUGCCUGUUGCUUUCUUCUGCCUUUUUCUUUUGGCUGAAACAUUAUUGUAAAAAUCAGCCAGAACAUCAGCUUCCUUUUUAAAAUAGACUUAAUCUGAAAACGUCCUACACCAAAAUGAUCGGCGAUCUUUCACGCACUUAAAGUGCCUUUCUUAGAUUUGUUAAUAACGUCGAUUCUCUGUUCUAACGUUAAAGUAUGAUUUUUCGGUGGCAUUUUGCAUGCAAAUGUAUUCGUUGAUAUAUUUCACAAACGCUAACAUUGACUUGCAGAAGAUAUUUUGUGUAAUUGAAGGUUAUUACCCA